CUAUUUACAGCUUCAUAAAGUGUGUGUGUGUGUGUGUGUGUGUGUGUGUGUGUGUGUGUGUGUGUGUGUGUGUGUGUGUGUGUGUGUGUGUGUGUGUGUGUGUGUGUGUGUGUGUGUGUGUGUGUGUGUGUGUCUGUGUGUCUGUGUCUGUGUGUGUGUGUCUGUGUGUGUGUGUGUCUGUGUGUGUGUGUGUGUGUGUGUGUGUGUGUGUGUCUGUGUGUGUGUGUGUCUGUGUGUGUGUGUGUGUGUGUGUGUGUGUGUGUGUGUGUGUGUGUGUGUGUGUGUGUGUGUGUGUGUGUGUGUGUGUGUGUGUGUGUGUGUGUGUCUGUGUGUGUGUGUGUGUCUGUGUGUGUGUGUGUGUCUGUGUGUCUGUGUGUGUGUGUGUGUGUGUGUGUGUGUGUGUGUGUGUGUGUGUGUGUGUGUGUGUGUGUGUGUGUGUGUGUGUGUGUGUGUGUGUCUGUGUGUGUGUGUCUGUGUCUGUGUGUGUGUGUGUGUCUGUGUGUCUGUGUGUGUGUGUGUGUCUGUGUGUGUGUCUGUGUGUGUGUGUCUGUGUGUGUGUGUGUGUGUGUGUGUGUGUGUGUGUGUGUGUGUGUGUGUGUGUGUGUGUGUGUGUCUGUGUGUGUGUGUCUGUGUGUGUGUCUGUGUGUGUGUGCAGGAUGAGCGCAGGAGGCCAGCGUCCGAUGUUUUUCCUCGGGCUCCCGGACCUGAAGAAGCUGCUCUGCGUCAGUCUGACUCUGCAGCAGGACGAUGACGAGCUGAGGAGCAAACAGAUCAAGACCUGCAGAGAGCUGGUGCUGCUGUACUCUGAUAUUCUGGCCUCUCCAGCUCUGGACUCGUUCACUGAGAUCACAGUGGUCACGGCCAUCCCGUUCUUCCACAAAGGCAUCCUCCAGGUGUUUGGACAGAGGCGAGGUCUGCAGCUGGGAUCUCCUCAGUGUGUGCUUCCAGGUAUCCUUCAGUGUUGUCUGUCCUACUCUCUGAUCACCAGACUGGCUCCCAGCUGGAAUAAAGCAGGACUCUACCUCAUCACAGGGAGAGACUUUCUGACUGAGAGGGGGAGGCUCAACGCUGUCAGCAUGGAGCUGAGCACCAGUGAGGGCCAACUGUGUAUCAGCAUUGACGCCAGCACCGUCAGACUUCCCCCAACAACACUGGAGGACUUUGACCUCCCUCCGUUAGUGCUGAGGAGGUUCUGCAGUGAUCCGGACUCUGUCCUCGACCCCACGUCCACCGGACGAGCCAUCUGGUGCUACGUCCUGCCCAGCAUGAAGAGAGGUCAGAUCAUCACCAUCAGCCGUCAGUUGCCCAGAGACGGACCAUUUAAGACCUACAGAGACCUGCAGAACCACUGGAACCGCCUGUAUGGUUACAGGCUGCCUGAGCUGGCAGAGGAAGAGGUGGUGUACUGCAGCGUCUACUUCAGACUGGUGGGAGAGAGACUCUUCACUUACCCUCUGAGCUGCAUCCGCCUGCAGCCGCUGCAGCGCUGUCCUCGGGACGACCUGCAGGGGGCGCUGGGCUCCUUCCUGUCCGACCUCAGGGACAGGCUGCAGAGUGUGUGUGGACUCCCUGCACGUCUGACCGGGAAACCCCGUUACAGCACGGUUGGUGUGAGCACUGCUGCAACUGUACAGGUGUUGACAGUUGAGCAGAUCAACGUGACCUCCUCCUCUUCCUCCAUCCGGGCCGUCCUCACCCAGCUCCCUCCUCCUCCUCCUCCUCCUCCUCUUCCUCCUCUUCCUCCCCGACCAGUGAAGUCUCCCUUCGGGUCACAACCUCCAGCCUGGCCCCCCCUCUCCCAGCAGGACGGAGCCCAGAGGCUUCUGGUCAGCUCCUUCCUCCUCCUCCUCCUCCUCCUCCUUUCUCUCGCUCUUCCAGCCAGCUUCAUCCCUCACCUCCUCCCCCUCUGUCCCUCCUCCUCCUCCUCCUCCUCCUCCUCCUCCCCCCAGUCACCCCCCAGCGCUCCCUGCUCCAAACUGGUUCCCAUCUUUAAGAACCGGUGUCCAUCGCGCUCCCUCAGCGUGGCUCUGCUGCGGCUCCAGAAGCAGAAGGAGUUACGAGGAGGGGAGGAGAGGGGGGAGGGGGGAGGAGGGGGGAGGGUGACGUUGCCUACCUUCAGGAAGAAGACUCCCGCCACCUCCUUUUCUUUGGUUUCUUCUUCAUCAGCUGCAUCACUCCCAGUUCCUCCUCCGCUGACCAUCCCUCACUUCACCCGCCACCCUGCUCCUCACCCUGCUCCUCACCCCGCCCCUCACCCUGCUCCUCACCCUGCUCCUCACCCCAACCUCAGGCACAUCUCCAGCCUCAGCCCAGAGUCAAAGUUCAGACCCGGGUUCCUCCCGGCUCCAAAGCUGGAGAUCAACUUUAGAUCCAAGUCUAGCUCCAAAAUGGCUGCUAACGCAAGAGAGCCUCCUCCUCCUCCUCCUCCUCCUCCUCCUCCUCCUCCAGCGCUCACACCUUCUGAACUCUCCAGUGGAGGGGGAGUCGUCUUCAAGUCCAAACCCAAGAAACCCAGAUCUGCAGUGAGAGACGUGGACGUGGAGAAGAUGGCCAGAAGCAACCAGCUGUCCAAGCUGAACUCUGCCACUCUGUCUGCGUGGUUGAGAGGAAGAGGAGUUCUCGUCAGUGCCAAACACAAGAAGGAGGAGCUGAUGCUGAAGGUUAUGGGCUGUCUGGCCGAGGCCUGAGACACACACACACACACACACACACACACACACACACACACACACACACACACACACACACCUUACAAUGAGUUCUCUUCCUCUCAUUAUCCUGUUAUUAAUAUAUAUUAUAAAGGACCCAAUCCUUUGUGUUUAUACAGUAUUUCUAUGGUAGCUGAUUGUUGUUGUACAGUUAUAUUUAUUCACUGGAGUCUUAUAAGUUGUGUUAUUUACUUAAUCCAGUGCCUGUAAUAAUAAUAAUAAUAAUAAUAAUAAUAAUAAUAGUAGGAUUUAUAAGUUGAUUCUUCAGUCAGUUCUGUUCUCUAAAUAAACAAAUAUGUGGAACAAUGA